AGGGGUCGUUGAAGUUGAUGGAGCCGCCAUCUUGAAAAGUGCCCUCUGAUGGUCUACCUUUUCGCGCCUGUCAGAAUCAUUUGUAAACACUUUAUUUUUUUCAUAGGAUACGUAUGUUCAUGGCUUUUUAUUUUGUUAACACUCUAGACUAAUGACUCUAUAAGCUACAUGCCGGGGACUCGCCAUUUGUCGUUGUUUAUCGGUGUUCGUUGAUCUAUUGAGGACGAAUUGGUCGUUCUUCUGCAUGUGUCCUGUGUCCAAAACUCUCACUUGUCACAGCUGCCUGUGGAGCCUGUAAUGGGCCAGAACUCCCAAAGAGCACAAGCAUUAUUUUAUUUUUAACCUCUGGACCCUGCCCCAGUCAGAAACAUCAUGUUUUGGAAGUUUGAUUUACACACAACGUCCCACAUUGACACUCUACUGGAGAAGGAGGAUGUGACUCUGACAGAGGUGAUGGACGAGGAGGAUGUCCUCCAAGAGUGCAAGGCCCAGAACCACAAGCUGGUGGACUUUCUUGUACGGCCUCAAUGCAUGGAGGACCUGGUCACCUACAUUACACAGGAGCCAAGUGAUGAUGUGGAGGAGAAAAUCAAGUACAAGUACCCCAACAUAUCCUGUGAACUCCUUACCUCAGAUGUUGGACAGAUCAAUGACAGACUUGGAGAAGAUGAAAGUUUACUAAUGAAACUUUAUGGCUUUUUGCAAAACGAAUCUCCCCUCAACCCUUUACUCGCCAGCUUCUUCAGCAAAGUCUUGAGCAUUCUCAUCGGAAGGAAACCAGAACAGAUUGUGGAGUUUCUGCGGAAGAGGGAAGACUUUGUGGACUUGAUGAUUAAACACAUAGGGACCUCUGCCAUCAUGGACUUGCUGCUCAGAAUGCUGACCUGCAUUGAACCACAGCAGCUCAGACAAGAUGUGCUAAAUUGGCUGAAUGAGGAGAAGGUAAUCCAAAGGCUGGUAGAUAUGGUCCAGCCUUCUCAGGAUGAGGAUAGGCACUCUAAUGCAUCCCAGUCUCUGUGUGAGAUCAUCCGCCUCAGCAGAGAUCAGAUGUUCCAAGUGCAGGGCUGCUCUGAGCCUGACCCUUUACUGGCCACACUGGAGAAGCAAGAGACUGUGGAGCAGUUGCUGUCCAACAUUUUCGACAAAGAGAAAAAUGACUCUGCGAUUGUCAGUGUAAUUCAGAUUCUUUUGACACUCUUUGAGACACGAAGACCAGCAUUUGAAGGCCAUUUGGAGAUCUGUCCCCCAGGGAUGAACCACCCAUCUUUCUCAGUCAAUCAGAGCAUUCUAGAGGCUGUCAGACCCAGGCUCAAAGACUUCCAUCAACUGCUCCUUGAACCCCCAAAGAAGAAUAUCAUGAAAACCACAUGGGGGGUGCUGGACCCUCCAGUGGGCAACACCCGGCUGAAUGUGGUCCGUCUGGUGGCAAGCCUCCUCCAGACCAACACGCUUAUCAUCAACAUGGAGCUCAUCAACCUCAACACUCUAGGAGUGAUACUUGAUAUGUACUUCAAAUAUAUAUGGAAUAACUUCCUGCAUAUACAAGUUGAAAUAUGCACAGCAAUGAUUCUGGCGAUGCCCCCAGCUCAAAGUGAAACCCCAGAAAUCAACAGAGAUCAGGACCAGGAGCCUGUCAGAGAAAGUCACCUGAUCAAGCAUCUGUUUCAGAAGUGCCAGUUUAUACAGAGAAUUCUUGAUGCAUGGAGCUCCAAUGAGAAGGAGCAGGCUGAGGGUGGACGUCGGCGAGGCUACAUGGGCCACUUAACUAGAAUAGCCAACUCCAUAGUGCACAACAGCGAUAAGGGGCCCAAUAGUGCACAGAUACAGCAGCUCAUCUCUGAGCUCUCAGAGGAUGAUAAAGAGAGAUGGGAGGCCUUCACUUCUGGUCAGCUAGCGGACACGAACAAGAAAAAUACUGUAGACCUGGUGAACACACACCAUAUUCACUCAUCCAGUGAUGAUGAGGGUGAGUUCAAGGACAGUGGAUUCCACCAGGAUUCAUCUCUACAACAAGCCUUUUCUGAUUAUCAGAUGCAACAAAUGACGUCCAAUUUUAUUGAGCAGUUUGGCUUCAAUGACGAAGAGUUUGCUGAUCAGGAUGAUGUCGUCGAUAUUCCCUUUGAUAGAAUAUCAGACAUCAACUUUUCCUUGAACACAAAUGAAAGUGCAAAUAUAGCCCUGUUUGAGGCCUGUUGUAAGGAGAAGAUCCAUCAGUUUGAAGAUGCAGGGUCUGAUGAAGAAGACAUCUGGGAUGAGAAAGAUGUCACUUUUGCUCCGGAAGCCCAGAGACGCCCUCGGAGCUCUGGCAGUACAGACAGUGAGGAGAGCACAGACUCGGAGGAAGAGGAUGUGAAACGGGAUCCAUUUGAGCCUAACAACGGCAGCUCUGAUGACAGGAUGGAAGUGGAUACGACUGAGGGGCCGGUGUGGACAGCUAACUUUGACGACAUACCCAUGGACACCGGGAGUUCUACGGCGAUGGGAGCCCCUGCCCCAGUCAUCCCUGCCCCGGCCUCCCCCUCCUCCCCUGCCGUCCUACCAGAGCCUGCUGGCUGGAACUCCCCCAACGCCUCCCCUGACACAGCCACGGGCUGGGCAGACUUUUCUAGCAACUUCUCGCCAGUGAGCCCCAAAGAUCCCUUGAGGAGCAAUUCCCCGGUAGCCAUGGAGACCUGCAUAGAGACAGGGGACCCCCUGGGUGUCACCGCAUCAAUGCAUGCUGAAGAAACUGACCAGUGGCCAGGGGAUGAGGCAGCCCAGCCACCCAGCUCCCCUGGAGGGAAGGCUGGGGGCCGUUCAGAUGCAGAGGAGACGGUCACCACUGAAACGGUCACCAACGGCUCUAUGAAGGAGACCGUUAGCCUUACUGUAGAUGCCAAAACGGAAACCGCUGUUUUCAAGAGAGUGUUGAAAUCUUAUCGUGAGGACGAGAAGUUGUCUACCUCAGAGGACGCAUCUGCCAAGUACGUUGUGGGGGAGAGUGGAACACCAGAGAAGGGGGUCCCUGCCUCAGUCCAGACUGCCAGCAACUGUCUGAAACUAAGUGCAAAACAUUCAGAUGAUGCUGUUAAUGGUCCACUGGAAGAUGGAACAACGAUGGACGAAGCCAAAAGAGAGCCGAGUGUGGCUUCACCAGAGGCAGUUGUGAACGGCCCGGCGUGAUGUGCAGUUCCUACCAGCCUGUUCCUGCCACGCACAGCUUUUCGCCUGGUCCACCAGUAGAGGGCAGUGCCAGUCCAGAGUCAGAGCUGCUGCACUAACCACCAGAUCAGGACCAGCAAUAUUCACAUUAGGCUAUACAGACAGUUGUACAGACAGUUGGAUGAAGAGAGACCUACUCUAAUGGAUACAGAUUUUUUUUUUUAUUUGUUUAUAUACUAUUGUUCUUAUGAGGUGAUCUGUCUGAAAUCUUGCCACUCAAAGUUAGUCAUGUUGCGAUAGUUAAAAUGAUUGUAUGAAUAAAAAUAUUUUAUAAAAAGAAAAUGUAUACAGAAACGGCAGAUUAAUAACUGAAAUUUACCAAUUGGAACACUCGGUGUGACCUAAAGAAAAUAGCAUUCCCCUUCUGCACAAAUCUGAAGUCUUUAUUUCCAGGUAAAUGCAACAGUUACUAUAAUGUUAAUCGGCAACCCAUGUUGGUCUAUUUAUCAGUACACUUGUUGUUAGGGAAUCAAAAGGAUUUUAAAUAUUCAAAGUUUAUUUUGCCACAGGUAUUAUUUGUAAAUGUUUCUUGUAUACUUUCAACAUGAGCAAGAUUGGAAAACCUUUGGUAUAGUUUUUAACUUAAUUUAUUAAGGUAGAUUAUAAUGUUCUGUUACUAAGAGCCAUACACAUGUUCUCUCCCCAUGACAACAUUAAACUGUACAAACCCCGAGGCGAACAACUGUACGAAGUUGCAUGUAGCUAGUGAGUGUUAACACUGUCUGAAGGCUUGUGGUAAAUGGGUCCCAUUAUACAACUUUUCCCAUAUUACUCAAGUCAACCUUUCUACCUGCAAAAUUAUGGGGUUGUAAUGAAUAUUCUUGGUAUUGCUUCAAUCAUGCAUCAUUGAUUCUUUUUAAUAAAAAAGGUAUCUGUGCCAGCAAUGGAAAGGGGAUGAACUAUAUAAGGACUUACCCUAUUUUAUUGGAUAUUGAAUUUAAAUUGUGAUCAUCUCAAGAUAAUUAUUCCUAUAAUUUCAGGGCAUUAUUUGAUUAAUCUCUGUUCACUUUGAUUACUACUUGUCACUGUUGUUUGGACCUGUUCCUUCCAAGGCUGUUCUGUAGUGUGGUGUUACUGUUUGGACGGGUCAUGUGGCAGGUCUGUGUCUAUCAGUCUGUACAGCUACUGCUGAAGAGUUAAGAUGCGAAUGGGCUGGUUGAUGAUCAGUGGGGUUGACUUUAAAACCGUAGCCCACCAACACUUGAAACAUGUUUAAUGAUGAUAAGCUAUUAUACAUACACAGGGAAAUAUCUGCUUCUAUAUUUUCCAGAUUGAUUGGUCAUUAGGUUUGUUGUACGGUCAAGCACUGCUCAGUCACUCUUAUCAUGUGGCCUUCUCAAAUGAACAACUCCUUUCCUGAAGACCCUCUGACACCACCUUCACAAACACAAGGACAUGAUUGAUGUUUCUUUAGCAGAUACACAUUGGUAACAUUAAAUAUGUAUGUUAAUAUAAUAUACAGUUAAUUACAUGAACGUAUACUUAACUGUUUUCAGUAAUCCUGAACAAUCAUGUCUAGAUGCUGCUGGGAGAGGAAAUCUGAAGUCAAUUUACUUAUAUUUCUUGUAAAGCUUGUGUUCUGUGUAUUUAAAGGGAUAGUUUGGUCUAGAUUUAUAAGUUAAAUUCCACUUAGCCUGAGUUCUUGAAGACCCACUGAGUCAUUUUCCACAAGCCAUUCACAUGUCCCAGUGUGGAAUUAGCAUUUUCUGAUUUAAUUAAUUGAAAAUGCUUCAGUACCCACAAAAGCUUAGCAAACCUUGGAGAAGAAACACUCCAAAACAGACUGGGAAAGAGUUCAAUAAUGGCUUUUUG